AUGACUCAAGAAGUUAAUAAUAAAUCAAAUAAUGUAAAACGUGAAUUAGAGACUCAAAAUGCCGAUACUUUUAUCGAUAGAGAGCCAGACUCUAAAAAAAUUCGCCUUCAAGGAAACCAAAAUCGUAAUAACUCAAGUGAUCUUUACUUGGAUACUGUGGUAUGUUCAGUAUCUUUGUCAAAUCUAAACGUUUAUGCUUGUUUAGUAUGUGGCAAGUAUUUUCAAGGACGAGGUCGUAAUUCACAUGCUUAUUUUCAUAGUUUACAUGAAGAUCACCAUGUUUUUAUUAAUUUACAUACACUCAAAGUUAUUAAAGAUUCAUCAUUAGAUGAUAUCAAGUAUGUUUUACAUCCGACAUUUACAAAAGAACAGGUUGCACAAUUGGAUCAAAAUACUAAACAUUCAUAUGAUUUAAAUAAUAAAAAAUAUUUACCUGGUUUUGUCGGAUUGAAUAAUGUAAAAGCCAAUGAUUAUGUUAAUGUAAUAAUACAAGCAUUGGCACAUAUUCCCCCACUUAGAGAUUACUUUAUGUUACAAAACUUUGAAAAUAAAUCUCAACUAGUUCAAAGAUUUAGUACACUUGUCAAAAAAAUAUGGAAUCCAAGAGCAUUUAAAGGACAAGUUAGUCCUCAUGAAUUAUUACAAGAAAUCUCAAAUGCAAGUAAUAAACGGUUCAAACUUGCAGAACAAGCAGAUCCUCUUGAUUUUCUAUCUUGGUUUCUUAAUACAUUGCAUAAAGAUUUAUGUGGUACCAAGAAAUCAGAUUCAAGUAUAAUAUAUAAAAUAUUUCAAGGAGAAGUAAAGGUAGAAUCUCAAUCCAUAAUUACAAAAGAUAAUACUGAUGAAAAGGAUCGUCAAUUGUUUGAUGUUGAUAGAGAAAUAUCUUUAAAAAGGACACAAUUUUUGUUUUUAACGUUGGAUUUACCACCACCACCUUUAUUUCAGGAUGAAGUCGAGAAAAAUAUCAUCCCUCAAGUUGCAUUAUCAACAAUACUUCAAAAGUAUGACGGUAGAACAACUCUGGAAUCAGCAGGUGCUUUAAAAAGAUUCCAAUUGAUUAGUUUACCCAACUACUUAAUUUUCCAUAUUAAACGUUUCACAAAAAAUAAUUGGGAUCUUGAGAAAAAUCCCACGAUUGUAAACUUUCCGAUUAAAAACAUUGAUAUGAAAGAUUCAAAUAUAUGUCAUGAAGGUAAAGCAGGUAAAAGUAAUGGAAUUUAUAAAGUACAUGUUCAACAUCGUGGUAAAGAACAAUGGUACCAAAUUCAAGAUUUGAUUGUGGAAGAGAUUAAUGCACAAAUGAUUUUUUUGUCUGAAAGUUACAUUCAGUAG